ACCAGUUAUAAUCGUAUUAUUAUACAUAUAAGUAUGAAGUAUAUUUUUACUAGGCAAAUUGAUUGAAAACAAAUCUGAGAGAAAACUAGUUAAUUGAAAUGUCACUUACAAGACCAACUGCUCUAAUGAGCGGCAUUCCUGGCAGGCUGACAAUGCGUAAUCGAACGACAACUGGGUCGCUAACAUGGAUGGCGGAACCUGAAGAAGAGCCCGUGGUCCGAUUGACACAAGAGGAACUGGACACAGUGUGGCAGCGCGUGCUGACCACGUCUCGGCGGAUGGGACCAGAGCUGCUGGUGUGGAGUUCGAGAGAGCUCAGCUUCGUGGCGGCGCCAGACCAGGAAAUGGGCAUGCUGCUGGUACAUCGCGAGUCCACCAGCAUCUCGCGCGACGCUGCAAGUGCCGCCCCCGUCGUCAUCCCUCAGCCCGAGAUUUCAGUUUCAAAAGAAGGAGAAUCCGAAGGAGGGGAAGAAGAAGGGGAAGGGAAAGGGGAAGAAGAAGGGGAUGGGAAAGGGGAAGGGGAAGGAGAAGAAGGAAAAGAAGAAGGAAAAGAAGAAGGAGAAGGGGAAGGAGAAGGAGGAGAAAAAGAAAAAGAAGAAGAAGAAGUACCAGUUGUGACGCCAGUUGAGAGAAUAGUAAGAGAUAAUUUUAAUUUCUGGAAGAAGCCAACACAAACACCCAAGAAAGCUUUCAGGGACGCCAGCACACAGGCGGCGGAGGAGGACAAGCUGCGCCUGUCCGGCCACGUGGCGCUGGCCGCCAUGAGCGACCUGUACGCCGCCGACGCCAGGGCGCAGCGCGGCGAGGCGCCCCAGGAGCCAGAGCGCGUGGCCGCCGAGGAGCGCAUGCUGCUGGCCUGCCGCGUGCUCGAGAGGAUGGUGGUGGGCAACCUGGGCGUGCAGACGGCUCUGGACUUCAAAGACCCAGAUACACCGGAGGAUGACGAAGAUGGAAGCGGAAGGUUGAUGGAGCUCUGGAAAUUCCCCUUUGAAGGCGUCGCUCUUCCGGCCAUUACUUACCUGUGCUGGAAUCCGACGUUUAAGAACAUUUUCGCCAUAGCAUUUGGAAAUUUGGAGUUCAGCGCCGAGGAGCAGCAGGGCGCCGUGCGCCUGUACACGCUGGCCAACCCCACGCACCCUGCCUACGAGAGCUACACGCGCUCCGGCGUGGUGUGCGUGUCCUUCUACGAGACAGACCCCAGCUUCAUGGCCAUCGGCAUGAACAGCGGCAUGGUGGCAGUGUACCGCGUGGGCCGGCGCCGCAUGGGCCUGCAGUACGAGAGCCCCGUGCACGACAAGCACUCCUACCCCGUGCAAGAGAUACAAUGGUGCAAACUAGAAGCGGAUGGUAACAAGGUUCUCUACUCGGUCUCCAAGGACGGUCAAGUGUGCAGGUGGAUGAUCAGAGACAACGCACUUGUGAUGAUGCAAGCUUUAAUUAUAUUUUCAGCCACAAACAGGACAGUCUUGGCACCAGACAGUGUGACCAUCAAAGUUAAAGCCCACAUUCAUACGAUGGUGUUUUACCCAAUGGAGUUGGACAAAUUCCUGAUUGGAACGAAGGAAGGCUAUAUUUAUAAAUGCAGCACAGAAUAUAUAUCUAAGUUCCUGUUCAUUUUGCCUGCACACGACAAUCUCAUAAACAAGAUUGAAUUCAAUCCUUUCAACCCAACCGUAUUCAUCACAUGCAGUGACGAUGGCUUGGUGAAAAUAUGGCAAGAUGAUAGAAGGGAGUGCCUGUUCCGGUUCGACGUGGCGGGCGUGUGCGUGGGCGACGUGUGCUGGUCGCCCACCAACAGCACCGUGUUCGCGGCGGCGUCCGACGCGGCGGUGCGCGCCUUCGACGUGGACGCCGACAAGCACGGCGCGGUGUGCGCGCGCACCUUCGGGCUGCAGCGCGCCGAGACGCUCACGCGCAUGGCGUGGAACUGCUUCGAGCCGCUCAUCAUCGUGGGCAGCAGCCAGGGCGUGGUGCGGACCGCCAAGACGUCGCCCGGCCUGCGCAAGCUGCCGCGCAUGCCCAAGAGAGGGCUGCGCCUCGAGCCGCGCGAGCUGGAGGUCAAGAAGCUGGAGACCAUUCUCUACUACAUCAUAGAGCCGGCCGCGCUCGAACGACCGCCAGACGUAGCGGUCGGCGAACAGAAGUAGGCCCCUGUUGUUGCAGUACUUCAUAUUAAACUAAGUGCUUGAAGAGA